AUGGACUUAACUUCAUAUCGACGACCUUCAUCUUCAACAUUAAAAGUUUCCGGCCGAUCGAACGCUACAGCUUCAUAUGCCCAACAACGUAUUUGGCUCCAUGAGAAGCUCUACUUUGAUCAUUUGUCUUCUUCGCCGGCAAUGUACAAUAUUCUUUUACCAUUGAGAAUUAAAUGUGGCAUCCUACCUGUGGAACACGUCCAAUUUGCACUACUUUCAGUGCUCGAAAAACACAAAGUUCUUCGAACAGCUGUUCGUUUCAAUAAGGAAACGAAUCAACUCGAACAGGAAAUACAACCACUUUCACGCAAUAUUUAUUCAUUUGAGCGUACUCAAAACAUUUCCUCUUCUGAACAACUUGAUGACAUACUGACGACUGAAAUAGUCACCAAUUAUUUUGAUGUUGAACAAGGCAAAGUAGUGCGGUGCCACUUGAUACAAAUAAAUAACGAUUGUGAUUUGGAAAAUCUUCAUAUGGGAGACCUUCUUCUCUUCACUAUUCAUCAUAUUGCUUUCGAUAAUAGUUCACUUCGAUUGUUUACAUUAGCCUUUGCUGAAGCAUGUGGUCAAUUCAAAUAUGUACAGUCUUUACAAAAAGCACCACAAUAUAUCGAUUUUACUUUAUAUGAACAAUCUUUCUUGAAAUCAACCGAAGCUGAACGAGCACGAAAAUUCUGGGCCUCAUUACUUAAAGGCUAUGACUGGACUAAAACAUCAAUACAACCGAUCGAUACUGCACAGACUACAAAGAGUAUCCGUUCCGGUCGCGGUUAUUCCAUAGCAUUUAAUUUGGAGAAUGACUUAGUACAAGCACAGAUGGCAUUUGCUGCAUCUCAUAAUAUUUCUAUGUUUCAACUAUAUCUCGCUUGUUAUUACGUGUUCCUUUUCAAACUGGGUGCAAUACAAGAUCUAUGUGUAGCCGCUACCUACAAUAAUCGACCGUUGUCUGAAAUGAAAUCCAUGAUCGGAAUGUUUGCAAAUACGAUACCCUAUCGAAUCAAUAUGGAUCCACAUGAUUCAUUUGAAAAGUUGGUGAUACAGGUACAACAUCUGUGCUUGGCCAUCCUUUCUGAUGCCCAUUUGCCUUAUCAACAAAUUCUCGGUGUCCAAGCAAAUGAAAGAUAUCCUAUGCCUGAAACAUUCUUUCAUUACGAAUCACUUUUGACUUCUACGACGUACAACACUACGGCAGAGAUUCCUACCAACAAUAAAAACGGUACUGUAUUCGACAUUUACUAUGAUCGAGAUCGAUCUCAUGGGAACGGUAUCGCUCUCUUCGAUAUGACAUUGGCAGUAUCACACGGCCAUCACGCACAAGUCACUGAAUGCUUUCUCGAAUGCUCAGCUGAUCUCUUCUCUGAUGAAACAAUUGUUAAACAAAUGACUGAGCGCUUUCAAUCCUUGCUUCGCCAAUUGUUUAUUGACCAAAAAUAUGAUCUUAGCAAAACACCGAUUAAUCAAUUGUCUCUUCUUCUUCCCUCAGAACGCAAUGAACUACAAUCUACUGUCUUCAAAAGACUACCCAAUAUCAAUGAAGGACCUGCCUCAUUUGCUCAAGCUCGUAUCUGGUCCGAAGAGAACAAUUUGGCUAUCAAUAAUAUGCCAUUUGUGUUCCAUAUUGAAAGAGGUUCGUUGACAGUUGAACGACUAAAACGCGCAUUUCAGUUGGUGAUAAUGAAACAUGAAAGUUUACGCACUGCUCUGAUCUUCGACAAUGAUCAUCAACAACUAAUGCAACACAUUCGUCAUUUGAAAGAUGAUCAAGAUUUGUUUUCUUUUACCGAAUCAACUGACAUUCACCGUCAAGAUUUGAUGAGAAUUCUGCACGAUGAACGAGGCAAUUCUUGUCAUUUUGAUCUUGAAAAAGGACUUGUUUCUCGUCUCCAUAUUCUUUAUCAAAAUUCGAAAAAAGAUCAGAUUGAAAGAGGUGAUUCGAUCAUCUUUAAUUUUCAUCACGCUUUGUUUGAUUUCCCAUCAAUGCACAUCUUCUAUGAUGAUCUCAAUGAUGCAUAUACCAAUGGUUAUUUACAUUAUGAUGAUGAAAAACAAUUACGAUAUCUCGAUUAUUCGAUGAUCGAACGAGAAAUGUCAAUGACAAUGGCGAAGAAUUAUUGGAUCGAAACUCUACGUGAUUAUGAUUUGAAUCGAUCACUUCCAUUACCAUUUGAUCGUUAUCGUAUUUCGAAUGAACAACAAAGAACAGGACGUGGAACAUCAAUUUCAUUUGAUUUCAAUGAAGAUCUUUCACAAGAAUUUCUCUCUUAUAGUCUCGACAAUGAUGUGACACUUGAAGAAGUGUCAUUGACAUGUUAUUUUCUUUUCUUAUUUAAAUUAACAAAUGGAGAAGAAGAUCUUUGUAUUGGAAUGAAUGUUCGAGGAAGAUAUAAAAAUGAAUUGAAAUCAUUAAUUGGAAUGUUUGUCAAUGCAAUUCCAUUACGUUUAAGAGAUUUCAAUUCAUCCAAAUCUUUUUCUCAUUUAAUUCAACAAGUGAAACAAAUGACACGAAGUGCAAUGGAAAUGUCACAUUUUCCUUUGCAACGAAUUCUUUCUCAACAUUUCAACAAUGAAAUCAGAUCUGAAUCUUUUCUCGAUACAUCAUUUGAAUAUGAAAUUCUUGAGAACAGAUCGAGUCUGUGUAUUGAUGAAGUGAAAUUAUCACUUGUGCCUUAUUCACUUCAUGUUGGAAAAGACGAAAUCGUGAGUAAAUUCGAUUUUUCAUUACGAAUUCUUCACAAUCCAAUAAAUCAACAAUUUUCAUGUGAAAUCGAUGCAUCGUUGGAUUUAUUUGAUCGAUUAACAAUCGAUUUGAUUGGACAACGAUUUCAUCAUCUUCUUCAACAACUUUUCUUAUUUUCUACAUUUGAUUUGAUUGAACAACCCAUCGUCGAAGUUUCGUUAUUAUUAUCGGAUGAUCUUCAACAGAUUCAAUCAAUUAAUCAAACAAGUUCAAUGUCUUUUCAUCAAUUAGAUCAAGUACACGAGGAAUUCGUUCAUCAAACAUUUCUUCAUCCUCAAAAGAUUUCGAUUUGUCUCGAAGAACAAUCAUUGACUUAUGCAGAACUCUUCUAUAAAGUUGAUCAAUUAGUUCAUCGUAUGGGCGAACGAAAACAUGUGAAUGAAAUUGUUUGUCAAUGUGUUGAACGUAGUAUUGAAAUGAUUAUUGGUGAAUUAGCAAUCAUCAGUUCAGGUCGAUGUUAUUGUGCUUUAUCACCAGAAGAUCCACCUGCUCGUUUAUCAACAUUAGUUACUCAAACAAAAUCAUCACUUAUUCUUGUUCAUUCAUCGACACAAAAUCAUUUUCUCAAUCAUUCAAAUGUUAUCAAUAUUCAACAUUGUCUUCUUGAUGACAUCAACGUCACUGAUGUUACUGAUCACCAUCGCAGUGUUUCUUUUGAUGAUCUUGUCUAUGUUGUAUUCACCAGUGGCUCAACAGGAAUACCGAAAGCGGUACAAAUUUCGCAUAAGAAUUUUUCAUCAUGCAUGACCUCUUUCAAACAGUUAAAUAUAAUUACGAGCCGCGACGUGGUAGUUCAAAUGGCACAAUGUUCAUUUGAUGUUCAUGUGAAAGAAUGUUUAGGCACAAUGAUGUUAGGUGCGACACUCGUGCUUUUACGGCCUCAUGGUUAUAUGGACUUCAAAUAUUUGUCAAAGACAUUACACGAACACAAUGUCACGUUCUUCUCCGUUGUUCCCACGAUGAUGACAGCUUUUCGGAUUGUUCAGAAAGAACGUGAUCGCUGGCCAAUCACUGAGGGUUGGGGUCGAUGGAGAGCAAGGGUGGCUGAGUAG